AUGUUUUCACCAGCACUGGGUUGUCUUUCAGAGAACGAGCCGAUAUCCUGGCAUGCAGCCGAUCUGGCUGCUGGGAAAUAUCGAAUAAAGCUGAACGCGGCCACAAUGCUCGGUCAAGGAAAGAACAUUGUUCAGGCUGAAAUAGACUCUGCCUGUGAGUUGAUAGACUUCUUCCGGUUCAACUCCAAAUUCGCCUUGGACUUGGACAAAUAUGAUCCAAUAAGUACUAACAUCAGUACCAAUAAACUGGUCUACCGAGGUUUAGAGGGUAAUGUUGUUCUAUGGAAACCUUCUCGUACAGCGGUCCUCAGCAAUUAUGUCGUAUAUGAGGUGUUGGAGGAAGCCGGUAAGUUCAUUACGACCAGUGGUACUGCUCAUUACCUGCAGUGA